GUGUAUUCUCUUUUCUGUGAUUACCUAAGAGGAAAGCGGACGGCCGCUUCUCUAUACUAGCGUAGUCCCCAUUUUCCUCUUACAUUAGGGUAAAUAUUUUUUCAUAAUUUUAUGUAAGUAUAUUAACAAGAGCUAUACUACGUUUGACUUUUUAAAAUUAUUGUAAUAAAUAAUUAAGAGUGAUAUACAGGUUUCAUACACAUUUUUAAAUGCUCCUAAAGGCCAUUCCAGACGGAGACAAUUUUCGCCCAAUCUGAUGAAAUUUCCUGAUUAAAUCAGGUAGUGUGGACGUGAAAAUAAACUUGGCUCGGCGAUCUCACCAGAUUCAAGUUAAUUUAAUUAUAAGAUAUUGGCCGAUCAAAUUGACGACGGGGAGAUGCGGACGCAAGAAUGCCAAUUUUCAACGCUAGUACUUAUGCUCAUUUAGGGGCAUUUUUUAUAUAGGUAUUUCGAGCGCGAAUCUAACCAUAAAUCUAAAAUUGGUGAUUCAAUAGGGUACAUAUUUGACUGUAUUUAAAAUAAAUUAUUUUACACCAUGCACGAAAUAAAGUACCACAACAUUAAUAGAAAGACGUAGACAGCAGUGAUUUUUAGACACUAGUAUAAAACUAUGAAGAGUAGGUAACUUGACCGUGACGUCAUUUGCUAUGGGAGCGUGCACGACUGUCACGCAACCUAGUGUCCGCAAGUCUAGGGGAAAACGUCAAUUCACUACAUCUUAUAAAACUACUCCAAAACUAAAAACUACUGAACGGAUUUUCAUAGGACUUUCAUCUAUCAAUAGAGUGAUUUUUGAGGAAGGCUUAAGUAUAUAACUUGUUAAGAUUUUGUGUAAAUUGUUUGAAAUAUAACGAUGUUGUCGGAAAAAAUCACGCUGGCUAGGAGCUUUAAUCGAAAACGCUGCCUAAUCCGUUUGAGCUAUAACAACACAAUGUAUGGUGGGGUUGUUUCUCAUUCAUAGGUCUACAAAAAAGUCCGCGAUGUUAAAUGUCUAUCUUUUAAGGAUAACUUACUAUAUCCAUUCUUAACUUCUAGAAAAGGAUCACGUAAUAUGUGGCAUUUGCAAAGCUAUUUACAUGGAUACAUUAUUAACAAUUAUCAAAAUAAAUACGUUAGUUAUAUUAAGUAUUUCAUACAGAUUACAAUGAUCCCUUACACCAUACAAUUUAAAUGAAUAUUUUAGGAGUAAUCGUAAGUCAAAGUUUCAUUUCGAGCCAUAUCAUUGUACGAAAUGUUAAAGACGCUAUCCGCAGUUAGUUCAAAUUUUUACCACCUUAUGCGCUGGGAUCGCUUUACUUACCCCCACCAUGCACUUCGCACGGUCCCAUGUUUUGACAGUUCGAAAAAGAAACUGAUUUUAAUAUUUACUUACUUAGUCAAGUACCCUAUUGUGUGCGUGUGUGGACGCUAGAUGAGGUUGACGCCAAUUUUUUCCUGAUCAAAUUGGUCGAUUUGAUCAUCCCGCCUGGACUGACUGGCCUUAACUCUUAUAAUAAUUAAACAUUCGAGAAAAAGCAAACUAUGGUCGAUAAAAAAAAAUAGUGGUGAAAUUGUGUCAAAACAUUUUCAAAAAUGUUAAUAUCCAGAGAGGAAAAUGAGGGCUACGUUUGUAUGAAAAGGCGAUUUCGCGCGGAUCCUCUUCCACUUUCGUCUUAAGUGAUUCUGGGACAUAGGUACCUAUAUAAGAGAUAAUUAUUUUUUACUGUUUUUAUAAAUAAAUGUAAAAUUAUAUUUAGUAUGAAGUAGUUAUUAUAAAAUUCUUUUAAACAAUAUUUAAUAAUGCUUAGAAAUAAAGGAAAAGUGGACAAAGUCACUGCCCCUCUCCUCUCUAGACUCGAACUCGCGAUACCGGGCGAGCUGCUAUCUUCCGGGUUUGAAUGGAAGCGCUUUAUUUUUUAGGGUUCCGAAAGGGAACAAUUAUGGGAUAAUACGUGUGUCUGUCUGUAUGUCUCUCCGUCAGUAUCAUGCUGUGUACACACCAACCCGAUUUUUUAACAAUUAUGGCUUGGAUUAAAGUCCUUUAAGCUAACACCAACCGAACGAACGCGAACGAAGCAUAUUCAGCGUUUGCCUUCGCUUGUUGGUCUUUCGAGAACCAACGAACAUACGACAACCAACACUGAAAAACGUUCGUUGGCGAUCGUUGGCUUGGUGUGUACGCACCUUGAGGGUACAUCCACAUCGACCGAACGAACGCCACGCACGAAGGAUAGCAAAUGCUCUUUGGCAACUGUUCCAGCUCAAACUGAUAUGAUUUUUAAAAUUGCCGCUUUUUUCUACUGACCACGAAAACGAUCUGAUAAACACUUAUAGGAUAAACAUUUCAUCCUACUCUCUGGGGAUCUUGCUUGCCAAUCAAUUUGCUGCAAUUUUCUUAGCGUUUUCACACUAUCCGCAGUACAGGAUUGGGCUGAGUAGAAUGUUUUGAUCAUUAAAACAUAUUGUUCCAGCGUAAAACGAUCCAUAACGAAUUUGCCGUAAUAGUACAUUACGAUACAAGUGCGAAAAAAAAGGAAAUUCGAAAGGAGUGGCGACAAAUUAAAACACGACCGAAGGGAGUGUUUUAAAUCGACACGAAUUACCUAUUCGCACAUGUAUCGUAAAACGUUUUACAGUACAUUUGGCUCUUUAAAUGUUCGACACAGUAACGUAAUAUGCUAAUUUUUGCACUAGUGCAGUAAAGUAGCACCUUAUGUACUGAAAAAUAAGUUUAAUUUUCAAAUUUGCCGCCAUAGCACAUAGGCGACAUAAAAAGUUGUAUACGUCUAACAAGGAAAGGUACCCAACUGUCCGGUUCCGAUUUGAUUUAUAUAUGUUAUAGAGUAGUCUAAAAUAACGGACACGUAUUUUUAUUUAGCUGCCCAAACUCAACCUAUUGGGAGAAAUUGUCCUCCAAAGUACUAAAAAGUUAAGUACUAAAUCUUUUAACUCCUAUAGAAAGUGAUGCUCAAGCAACUUGCUAGUUAAUGGCUUGUUUGAGUAUAUGUUUGAGAACAGGAAAAAAAUGUACACGUGUUUUAUUAUAUCUGCUUAAACUCAAGGUUUCCUAAAUCAAUUUGCGAAUUUCAGUUUUUGCGGUAAUGUUGCGGUAGGCAGGUGUGAACAGGAUGUCGCGUGUCGCAUACACAUACACAUACAUAUAGGUAAUAUUGCUAAAGAUGGUGUCGCCACCACAGACUACGGACCUAGAUAAUUAACUGGAUAGAGUAAACUCAGAAAAAGUGUGUCCACAUGAGAAGUCAAACUAGCGCCUUGCAUAUCGUUCUAAUUAGGGUGACCAUAAGUCAUACUUAUAUGGGAUAUUAGGAUAUGUUGGAAUAUAUAGUUUGGCAAAGUAAGAUCUAGCUUUUCUAACUGAGAGAAUCAUGCUGUCUUUUCCCUAUGCUAUACUAGCAUUUUCCUAUGCUAUGACCAAUGACCAUUUUUGAGUUCGUAACCAUAUAAUAAGUAUACACUUAUUAUAUGGUUAUCGAUACUAGUCAUAAAAAUAUUUUAAGUUUAAAAUAUAGGUGUUACGCAUACAAUGCCCAGACAUGUGUUUGUAAAUGAAUAAAUGUAGGCCGUUGGUGGCCACUGUCGAACUCAAAAAUGGUCAUUGGUCAUGUCGUCUUCUGGCUUCCUUAGUAAUUGUUUAUUGAAGAAGUAUUUUUACCCGACUGCCAAAGGGAGGAGGGUAAUGUUUUUCGAGUGUAUGUAUGUCUGUUUCUUUGUGGCCUCCUGUAGCCUAAAUGGAUUUUGAUGUAUGAGGUAUCGUUAAAUUCGUCUUGAUCACGGGAGUGUCAUAGGAUGGUUUUUUGGGGGUACCUAAAAAGUUAUAAAUGCAGCGCACCCGGGCGAGGCAAACGCGCGCGCCGCCUCGGCCGAGGCACAUCUACACUUGCCGGUUUGUGCGUGAGGAAAUUGCCUCGCGCGUAUGCUCGUUCUGUGUGGACCCGCCUAUUUGGGAUUUAUAUGUUAUUUCUACUCAUAAACAGUCAGUCCAUUACCGUCAUACAAGUCUAUAAAAAUGGUGAUGGAAUGGAAAUUUUUUCCUGUUACGAUCGAAAGUUUGUGAUUCUGAAGCUGCAAAAAUUCAUACCAUGCACAUAUUCAUACUAAUAUAGGGUCCCUUUUAUUUUGCAAAUUGCGGGAUCUUUCUCUUUUACUCUCACUAAAACGUAAUUAGAGUGACAGAGAAAAAUACCCGCAAUUGAUGUACUUCGAUUUUCGCGGUUAUAGCCCUGAAUUAAGUAUGGUGUGUGAAGCGCUUUAGCCGGCAAUUAUUAAAAAUUGCGUGCCAUUUGUUGCAACGUUUGUAGAACCCUUAAUGGAUUUUAACUAUUAUUUAAUUUUGUAUUUUUGUGCUGUGCUGGCUUCCAUGCUUUUAUCUAAUUAGCCCAGCGUAAGAUAUUCGUUCAUAUCACAUUUAGAUUUAGAUUGCUAUCUGUGGUAUCAGCCGUUAAGUUCGAUUUGCAAAAUAUCGUUUAAAAAAAUAUGUAUUACAAGUUCGCUGUCAUUUCAUUUAUAACUUUUCAGUUAUUAAUUUAUUUGCCUGUUAAGUUCCUUAUCAACGUGAUCAUUAUGAGUUUGAGAGACGACGAAUCAUGCAGCGAUGAUGAAGUAUUCUACGGAAAGUUAAGUCUAAAAGAAGUUAAACACAUGUUUAUUAGACACCAAAAUAACAGACAAACUAUAGCCAGUAACGAACACCUUCAGAAUGAUAAUCAUAAUAUGAGCCUAAAACUUAUAUCAACUCACUCGGAACCUGAUAUUACAUCGAAGUAUAAAGGUGAUGCAUCACCAGAAAACAUUCCAAAAUCACUGCCGAACACAACAUUAUCCCCUGACGAACCGAAUUUAUUCGCGAACUGGGAUGUCUCAAACAGUUUCUUAAAUUUAGAAAAAAUUGUAGAAAAAUCAUGUGAUAGCUCAAGUAAGGAGUUUGAUAAUACCCUUGAGGAAAUAGAAUACAUAUUGAAAAAUACACCUAAAGCAGAGAAAAACAAUACAGACAAUAACUAUCACAAAGAAACAGAAUUAGAGGGGAAUCAAAUUCCUAUCCAAGUGAAUAAAGAAAAAGUGACUUUGAAUGCAAAACCCUCAGCUGUAGUAACCCCGAUGAAGCAUUUCCAGAAAGAGAAAGAAGUAUUUGCUACUCCGUCAUCUGUGCUACAUACAAAACCCGCCUUAUGUAGAACACCAGCUAACGCUCCAUUUUUCAAGAAGCCAUCCACAUCCUCAGUAAAAAAAACUCCUGGCAAAAACAAUGCAUUUCAACAUAUUGCUAGUCCUGUGGCAUACUACAUCAACAAUAGCCCACAAAUUCCAUUGAUACGGAAUGUGCACCCUAAGAAAACCUUGCCAGGACUAUCAUCCAUACCAAAGCUUGUGAAGAGUUCUAUAAGCAAGCCAAGUAAUAAAGAGAAUGUCUAUCUUCCUUCUGUUGCAUAUAAAAGUGCAAAGAAAACCACUGUGAUUGAUGUAUCAAAUGCACCCAAGAUGCCACAAAGUCAAUGGGCAAAGAAAUUGACAGAGUCAUUGCCAAGGCCUGCAGUAAUAAAACACAUACACAGAGAAAAAGACUUCUUAAAUAAACAAUUACUAAGGCAGCCAGAAGACAGUUUUGGUGACUUAUCACUCCAUCAAGCUGAUAUAUCGGUUUGUACUAAGAAAGCUGCAUUUUAAGCCUGGGCCUAUUUGUUACAUUGGCAAUAGGUAAUGUUUGACUGACUUAGUAAGUAACUUUAAUUAUUAGUAUUCUUGACUUGUGUAUUGUUAGAAUUGAGAUGAUUUGUUUGAAUAAAAUGUUAUGUCAUUAAA